AUGCCAUCAGUAAAACGAGCAAUCCGAAUCGCCGGGUCUUCCGGUGGGUUCUCUGAUCGGCAGCGCGCCAUCGGCGACCUUGCGAAGAAUUGCGAGAUCGACUGCAUCAUCGGCGACUGGCUAUCCGAAUGCACAAUGACCCUUCAUGGAGCGCAAAAGACAGAAAACCAGAGAUUACGUCAAGCCGGACAGCUUCAAGGAGCUACUGUCGGCCUUUUCGAUCCCACCUUCAUGGAGAAUCUCUCGCCUGCGCUGCCUUACAUGCAGAGCAAGAGUAUCAAAAUGGCCGUCAACGCUGGUGCAAGCGACACGGAACUAUUGGCGGGUCUGGUAGAGGAUGAAAUCAAGAAGCAGGGGCUUGAUCUGAAGGUUGGUUGGGUGAGCGGUGAUGAGGUCACGGAAACCGUAAAGAAGCUUCGUGACCAGGGCGAGGUCUUUACCAGCCUGAUGAACGGGCAACCGUUGAAAGACUGGGGAUUUGAUGAUAUACUUGCCGCGCAAUGCUACCUUGGUGGAGCAGGCAUCGCUGAAGCAUUUCGCCAGGGGUGCGACAUAGUCAUCGCUGGUCGCGUUGCCGAUGCAGCCCCGACUAUUGGAGCCUCAAUGUGGUGGCAUGGGUGGGAUCGCGAAACGGAUCUUGACCAAAUCGCCGGCUCCCUCGUCUGUGGACACUUGAUCGAAUGCUCCGCCUACGUCUGUGGAGGUUAUUACUCCGGCUUCAAAGCUCUGAUGGACAAGUGCGAGAACAUUGGGUUCCCAAUCGCGGAGGUAGAGGCCGACGGCACCUGUGUUAUCACCAAGGAAUCUGGCACCGGAGGUGAGGUUUCUGUUGGCACGGUGAGCUCUCAGCUGCUUUACGAGAUCCAAGGCCCGUUGUAUUACGGCUCCGAUGUCACUGCCAACCUCGAAGGCGUCGUCAUGACUCAGGUAGGCCCAGACCGAGUGCAAGUCACUGGCGUCAAGGGCCUGCCAGCUCCUUCAACAACAAAGGUCGGCUUGACAGCUUUCGGCGGUUACCAGGCCGAGUUUCACUACUACAUCGUCGGACUCGAUCUUGAAGCCAAGGCCGAGUGGACGGAAAGACAGAUUCGGCACUCUAUCGGCGACGCAAUCAAGGACCUCUCGUGCCUCAAGUUCACUCUUAAUGGCUACUGCCCAGAAAACCCUCGAAACCAAGAAGUCGCGACCGUCGAUUUCCGCAUCUUCGUGCAGACGAAGCGCAAAGCGCUCGUCGACAAGUUCACGCUGGACGUUCCUGGUUUCAACCGGUGGUGCAUGGAGAACUUCCUCCAGAGUUGCCCCGGAGCGACCUUGGGCAACGACCAGCGACAAUCCGAGGGCAAGCCAUUCUACGAGUACUACGUCACAUUGCUCCCGCAGUCCGAGGUCAAACACCGCGUUGAGAUGCCAUGGGCCGGCAAGUCAAUUGACAUCCCCGUGCAGAACAACGUGCGGUCGGACUACCCUCGCGACCAGAAGAGUUACGAGACCGACAGUCCAGUCGAGCUCGACAGGUUUGGGCCAACGACAAGAGGACCCCUCGGAUGGAUUGUUGGCGGGCGGUCGGGCGACAAAGCGAGUGAUGCGAAUGUCGGGUUUUACGUGCGUCAUGCUGACGAGUGGGAUUGGCUGCGAAGCGUCCUCACGAUUGAGAAGGUGAAGCAAUUGCUGGACGGAAGCGAUAAGGGUAAAAAGGUCGAGAGGUUCGAGAUUCCAGGGAUUCGCGCAGUUCAUUUUCUGCUGAGGGACCACUUGGACCGUGGAUUUAACUCGACGAGUGAGUAUGAUACGCUGGGUAAGAAUGUCUGCGAAUACUUGAGGGCAAAGCAUGUGGACAUUCCUAACAAGUUUCUUCGGCGGGGUAUCUUUUAG